AUGGCGUCGCCAGCUCCUCCUCCGCCUUCCUCGAGCUGGCCGACGGACGGCGUGGAGGUGCCCAUCGUGGGAAGCGAGAAGGUGCGGUGGGUCGAGCUCACGGUCCCUUCCUCGCCUCGGCCGUCGACGCCGCCUCCCAGUGCUGUUGCUUCUCCUGAGGUCUCCUCAUCCACGCCCCCUCGCAAUGCGGCCGCCUGCCACGUCGUCGCGGGAGACUCUCCGGCGUAUUUCAUCUGGUUUGUGGUUCUCGAGUCCUCUGCGCGUUGUUGAGCUCUUUUUCUAGGUGGUUCCAUCGCGGUGUUGCUUUUCUAAGUGCCUUCAACUCUCUGUAAGAGCAGAAUUGUUUGUGAGAUGAAGGAUUAUCCAUAUUUCCUGUAGCCUUUUUUGUCUAUCUAUGAUGCCAGUUGUUUUCGCUUUUUAGUGGCGUUAGUGGUCGAGUUGAUGUUCCUGCACGAAUGAUGGUGGGAUUUUUUCCCGUUACUUGACUCCAAACCUGCCUGUUUCUUGAUGAUUUUCAGGAGAAUACACAAUAAUCUACCGAAUGUGCUUGAGGUGCUCGAGCUCUGUCCUCAGAAAGAGUUUCCGGAACGCGGAUUGCGUCUUGUUUUCCCUGAGUCACUUUUCACGUUUUCAUUUAUCUGCAGAGAUGAGGUUAGUUCGCAUUGGCGACUCAAAUUCAUAAUUGCCUCUGAUUCUCUGUUGCAUUCUGUCUCUGGCCUUCCCUGUCAAUGAUAUUCCUUCUUUUCCUAUUUCUUUAUCUGAACUGGUCGAGGAACCUGUCUUGCCUUAGGUUCGGAAUGUAGCUGGUAGAAGAUAUAUGCUGUAUGCCCUAACCAUGUCAGGGGCAGCUUAUCUUUUCAAACUGGGAGAUAUCUCCACAUAUGUAUCGGGCUCGGUCCUCAGUCAGAGUGAGUACGUGGAGGUUGAUGUGCAAACGGAUUCAAAAGUGAUAGCUGUGGCAGCAACAUUUGGGUGCCUGCUGCUGGGACGACAAGAUGGUUCAGUCACCUGCUAUCAACUUGGCAUUCUCGAACAAAGCACACCAGGUUCGUUUGGCUGUGUUUAGUGUAAUUUUCUAUCUAGCGCUGACUUUCUCUUACUGAAUCCACGAGAGGGUUUACAGAGUUUCUUUUUUUUUAGUUUUAAGUCAUUACAGAGCUUUACCCUCUGCUGCCACAGGUUUCACGUUUGAAUUGCGGGAUGAUGUAGGAAUAGGGCGCUUGUGGAGCCUGGUAUCAAGGUAUUCUUUUCCUUUAGCACAUGCUCCUCACUUUCCUCCGAUUCUGAGGUUUCCUUCAGUUUUUUAGUAAUAAUAGGUAAAGGCAUUCUGCCUAAAUAGUAUACACAAUUAAUAAAUAAGUCCAUCGCAUUGAUAAGUGGGCUGUCUUAUGCUUAGAAUUUUGAUUUUAGUUUGUAUGUUUUGUGGUAACAAUGUGUCAACCUUACGUUGAGAAACGAAAGACAGAAUUUUAUGAUGGAAGUUAAGCUAUUGUGGUUUUUUGGGUUGACAAUCUGGGACAUCAAUCACCAGCUAUCAUGUGUCAUGGUGGGGUAUGCGCCGUUGUGAGAUUUAUGGAUUCUGUCAGAGGAACUUAAAGUACUAAUACCUUAAAUGUCAAUGUGUUACUGUAACACUCUGGUCGCUAGUUUGAGGACAUUUUUGUUAGCAUUUGAUUUGAGCAUUGAUCCAAAUACUCGAACAAAAGGAUUGAAUUGUAAUAUACAUGCUACCAAUGAAUCUCUCAACAGGAUGACUACUGGAUCACAGCCUAGCUGAGGUUUUAAGGUUGCUACUCACCGGGGAUGAAUUAGGAUAUAAGCCUACUGGACCAGUCGUUUGAACAUGGUUAAGUUGGUUUAAUGGGCGUUAGGCGUUUCGUGGGUGAAGGACCUGAUUGAAAUUCCUUUAUAAUACCCGGAAAAAGAUGUUCAUACUAUUUUUUAUUGACUGAGAAUGUAUUUACAUGUCUUAAAGAAAUUCAAAAAUUGUAAAUACGUGCAUAUUUCCUUGAAAUAUCGAUACUCCAAUCGAAAUAUUGUCUAUAAUAUCUUUGAAAGCUGAUGUUAUGUAGAAAAUGUGAUGAAUUUGCGUACAUUUUACUUUUGCAAUGCAUUUAGAUUUGAGAAGCUUAACUCGCCUCUUGCUUCCGCCUUUCUCAAUCCCAUCAUUGUUUCUGUUGCCAAAGGAUCGAAAUUCUUGUUCCUGGUACCUAUUCAAUUUGCUAACUCUUGAUUUAAGGCAGUUGGCUGUUUUACUUGCGAAAAACUUAAUGAAUUUCAGCCAAGGUAGUCAUAUCAGAUUUGGUAAAUGGUUUCAUCAAGUGGACGAUAGUAUAGAAUCGUUGUGCAGUUGAAGUACCCAAAACUCCUAUCAAUACUACAGUAGCACAUGGAUAUGAUCCUUGUAAAACAUAGGCAUCAAAACCAAAGAAAUGUAAUGUCAGAGCAUUAUGCAGCUCAUAUGAAAGAACGUAAUGUCUGUUAAUGAGUUGUCUAAGCAAACAGAGGGAAUAUGCGAUACUCACUUUCUAGCUUUGCUUUAGUUAGAUGACAGUCAAUCCUUGUGGAUUUCAUUCUAUCGUUUUGCUCAAUGUUAUCAUAGGUCUUAAGGUAGCAAUCUGAAGGUAACAAGGUGCCCAACACGCCUAGGCAAGUGACAUGAAGAUGAUGAAAAGGAUGAUGAUGUUGAUGAUCAGAGUCUUGGCUUCAUAAAUUUGAGAGAUCUCAAUUCAGUGCCAAUAAGUUUUUGCGGAUGUUUAGUACAGAAGUAUGGGCCAGAUCAUUGCUUUUGAAAGUCCCUUUACUGUUGAUCAGCAAUAAAUAGAUAAGAUGUUGAGAGUGGAAUUCGAGUUCUAGAUUGGCUACAGUGUGGUACAAGCUGGACAUUGUAAAUGGUUCUCUGAAACACUGAAGAUUAAUUCUCUGGUUCAGUUAAUGGUUUGCUGAUGACCUGGAUCAGUACGGUUUUCUGUAUGAAAUAGUGGCAUUACAACAUAGUCAAAUAGGAAGGCUGAAUACAGCAUAUUAGGUUCCUCAGUUAUUGCUAAGACUGUUUUUUUUGGGUUUGUUUUGAAGAUUUCCUUGUUACCUAAUUUGACAGAGUAGGGGUGUAUCCAGCAUGUCGGGCAUAGCUGUUCACCAAUUAUUAAUUUUUGUGCACGAAUUUCUUUCUGCUCAAUCAUCUUUGGUGUAUCCAGCAUGUCGGGAAAAAAUCCUUACGUGAGAAAAUAUUUUUAGCUUGUUGAAGUGAACAGCUUUGGUCGCAUACUUUUGAGAAAGUGUCCCACUUGACCUGAAAAAAGCUUUAAAAUGUUUGGAUUUUCUUGUGGGGUGUGGAAUGCUAGGGACGACAUUAUUUGAUGUAGAAAGAGUAUGCCCAUGAAUUUGAUGGUUAGAAAGGUUCUGCUGUCGACAUUAAAGUGGGGUUGGUGAUGGGGUCUAUAGAAGCUUGUCCUUGAGUGCUUUCAUUUCCAGAAUAUGUAAUUCUUGUCAGGUUUCUUCUCAGGUCUCCUGCAGAUGGCCUAGAAAUUUCUUGUUGAUCAUAGAUAAGUUCCUUUGAAGCACAAACACCGCAAUACUAUUUAAUUUUUUCAUCCAAUGCUGGUUGUAGAAAUCAUGUUUGGUUAAUAAAAUUUUUAAUUUAUGCAUCCAGUUUCGUGCUGUUUCUGUUGUGCUUGCUUCAGUCUAAAUUUUGUCUCCUUUCAAUUCCAAAAAAUGGCAUGCAGAGGAAGAAGCAUCUGCUCGGUUAAGGAUUUGACGGUAUCUCAACUUGUUUCGAGAAAACUGGUGUUUGUUCUUCAUUCAGAUGGAACCUUACGUGUAUGGGAUCUUCUUAAUCAUUCCAAGGUUCUCAAUCAUGUCGUUGUUGUGCCAGAAGUUACAGGUACUGUCUAUCUUAUUUCUUUUCUUUUCAUUUUCUACAGAUCAUUGAACUCAUUUCAUCAUUUUCAUCUGUCUUUUCAUCAAUAUUUCUCUAUAGUUGCAGAUAUUUGUGCUUCAUAGUGAGGGCAUAAGUAGUUGACCUUUAAGAUCUUCAUUCACCUCUUCUGUCUCUGUGAUUUUAAAACAGACAUUAUUAUUGUUACUCUACUACUCGCAAAUAAUAGUGGUCCUAUCUCAAAAAUUGUCAAAAUAUUUUCCAAAUAAGUUAUCUUUUGUACCUAUGUUCUAAUUAUUGUUACUCUAUGAAGUGUCACUAUUUGUGUGAACAACCAAUUCUCAUAAAAAAAUUCCAUUAAAUUUCAAGUAUCAUGAGCAGGGUGUCAUGCCGUCUACUUUCAAAUAUGUUAAGAUGUUAUUGUUCAUAUAUAUUUGAUCCUGACAGCGCUGUUUAAUAUCAUUUGCAAAUAUAGGUGGGGUGCUGUAAUGGUAAAACGUUUUAUUGAAAGAUUCACAUGGAGACAAAUAUUAACAGCGCUCUUUUAUACCCCGUAUUUCCUUGCAAUGAGCUGAUUAUAACAGUGUAGCUAUUCAGACUGAGCUAUCUCUCCUUGAGCGUUUCCUUCAUGUUUUUCUUAUUCCUCAAGUAGAUGGUGUUAGAUGUUGGACAGGGACCUUAUAUUAAUAUGUUUUUUCUGCAGGUAAGCAAGAUAUUAAGUCAUCAAAUAAUUUUCUCUUCCCAAAAGAUUCCUAGAUUAAUAUAUUCUCCAAUAAAACUUCAGUUGUUUUUAUUUAUGCGGAGAAAUCGGUGAAUUUUUUCUUUGGUUUAAAUGGUUUCAUACUUCUAAUUCUUUAUAUUUUUAUUUAUUAAAUCAUCUUUUUAGGUGAUAUUCAUAAAACUUCAUAAACCCCUGUUUGUACCCGCUCCCUUGCGAUUAAAGGGAUUAAUGAAUUCCAAGGUAAGUUUUGUGUAAAGUGCAUUUAAGGAAAUGGCGGACUACCAGAUGCUGGAAUGGAGUGUUUACAAUCAUCUCAUAUGAAAUUUUUUUUAGUUUUGCCAUUGCAAUCUAUUGGCUGCUUGGGUGAUUCAUUAUGCCAUUUUGCACAGCCUGCAAUAUAUCUUUGUUGGUAAGGAUUAAAGAAAUGAUCGCAUCUUUAUACAAUAUGGAAUUUAUGAGAUGAGUUGUUAAUGUAUAAUGCUAUUCGUCGCUUGUAGAUCCUAUUCGAGUUGAUUAAUCCCUAUGAAAGCUUAUAGAAAUGUGGAUUGGGCAUUCAAAUUUCAGGAUCUUCAGCUUCAAGGAUUUGGGUUGGUGAUCCGAACUAUGACACCGGCAUAAUUCCCUUAGCUGUGCUGUAUGGAUCUGCGAUUGUAAGCUUCUUAAUUUUUGUCAAAUAUUUUCAGAAUCUAUUACUAAAUAGUAAUACGGAGCAUUCUUAUUAAUUAUUGGACAUGAAGAAUCGGCUGUUUUUGCACAAUCCAUUACUAUGCUCUUGUCUCUUGUUUUUGGGUGAUGCUUUGAGCAUUUGAUUCUUCUAAUGAUACAUGCUUCAUCCUUGGUUUCAGUUAUUGAUAUUUAUGCAUGUUCAUUUUAUUCGACAAAUUUUCUAAUUAUAUUUUGUAUUCUGCCUUUGCUGUUCAAUUCACAUAUUAGAAGGGUCUUUUUAAGCGAGAAGCAGCAUUUUUUGUUUUUUUUUUGGGAAGGAACUAUGAAUAAACCUACCGGAAAAUAAGUUGAAGAUCAAACUCUAAUGAGUUUACCCUAUUGACACAAUUGGCAGACCAUGGUAGAAACUUUAUUAUGAAAGCAAUUAAAAUAACUGUACGCUAUUUGACUGCUAUGUUUUUGUUACAAAAAUAGUGAUGCCAACGCAGAAAAAAAUUAAAAUGUAGAAUUUCACAUGAAAUGGUAAGCUUAUAUUUACAACGUUAUAAAGUAUAAAACAAGAUUUUGGCCAAAAGGCUAUAGUAUCAAUAAAUUAAUAAUGGUAUUCGAAAACACCUCGCCCUGAAUUUAUCUUUGUUAUGCGGGUGGUUUUGCUGUUCUGGGUAAAGGUAUAGAUUUUCGAGGAGACAGCUAUCCAACUGGGAUCUUCCUAUUAUUAGUAUCAUAUGAUGCUCCAGAUUGGAUUGUGACGACCAUGUGGGACUGCCAGCCACAAGUGCCGGCUCUUACAUGCUUUUUAGUUGUUAUUGGAGGUGUAAAUAAAAAAUGAUGAUGGCAGUAGUCAGGCUUUUGUGUUGGGUAUUGAAGCUCUGACUAUUAGACAGCAUUUGCGGAUCCACCCAUCUCCGUAACUUAUUACAUUUUCUGAUGAGGGGAAAAGAUCGUUCUUAGUUUUAGAGGUUUCUUACUUUAUGGGUGCUUCUGAAACAGUAUGAAGAUUAUGGGAACCGAUUAUCAAAUAUGAAAGGCUACUAGGGACAGUAGCUUAAAUUCCAUUUAUUGUAGCACAUACAGUCAACAUUCUUUUGAUCAUUAGGUAAAGAAAUUGUUUGCAAAAUACUUCUUCUGUCUAAUGCUAUUGCAUGUCAUUCUAAGAUCCCUGGAUUUUAUAACUAUUUCACUCCAUUUCUCGACUUCAAAUGAUAAUAUUUUCAUAACCCCAUGAAUUGUUUAGCAAUUAUUUUUAUUUUAAUUUUUUUCAUUGACAUUACCUGAGUAUGUGAAGGAUUCAGAUUCGAUGAUUGCUCUGCAUUACAUCCAUUUUACUGCUGGGGAAAAAAUCACAUUGUCGCCCAAUGUGUCUAUCCAAACAAUUCCUUUGGAUCAGGUAAAAAUUUGCGUUGUGUAUCAUAGUUUGCAUCUAAUGUCUGGUUGCUAUGCCAGAGCAACCUUUCUGACUCCUUAGAAACUGAAUUUUACUACGCUGGUCUCAGGGGAUCCUUAUUGACCUCAAACUUACUUCACACAAGCUAUAUAUACUCAAAGAAGAUGGAUCAAUGUUCUAUGAUCUUCUUCAUUCAGAUAUUAGAGUGUAAGUGAAAUUUUCCUUCUGGAAAAUUAACUUUUUAGAUUUUGUAGAGAACGUUAAAUAGAAAUAUCGUAUCAUUAAGGGAACAAGCUUUUAGACAGCAAAUAACCAAUAUACCUCGAUGUUCUUAUAAUUAUAAUUAAAUGCAGAAAGUCAUCCCCCAUGAUGCCAGUCUUCUUUAAUGUUGGUUGGUAUCGUAUUAAAUUUAUGUGCAGAAUUUUAUGCGUUUAUUUCUUGUACUUUUGUGUUCUGCAUUUUUGAAUUUUGUGUUACUGCUGCAUUGAUAAAGAGUUGAUACCACUGAGGUCGUGGUAAUCACGUCUCAUGAUGCACCUUAGGAUUUUUUUCACAGUACGCCUAGAGUUCAGAUUUUUAUUGACUACCUCUUUUAGAGCUACAAUGACAUUUUUUAAAAGUGGGAAAGUACUAGGUUUCCCCUUUUGACUUUUUGUUUGGUACGUCUUAAAACUUCUAUCACGAUUAAUUGUAGCUUUUCUAGUACAAGUGACAGAAAGCUUGGAUAGAAACCGGUGAAAUUUUCUAGAAUAUGAAAGUUCUCUUUUGAAAUAUGGAAACAAUGACCUUUCUUGGUGACAAGAAUCGUUUUCUGUUUCGGUGGUUAAAUGGUGCUUUUUUCUAGAAUUUUUUAAUUUAUUCUGGUUAGCGACUUCAUUAACUGUGGCUAUUAAUUUCAGGGAGCACAUGAAUAGUUAUGGUUUGCAGGAGGAUUUCAUUUCUGAUCACUUGUUUCAAGAUCCUCAUCAGCCAUCUGAUGAUCUAAUAUGGAAUGAAGCAUCAGUCUUUUCAUCACAGAAGGUAUUCUAUCAAUUCUUUAGUUAAUAGCUAUGCUCAUGUUGAUUGGCAUGCCCUUGCUAUUGGAUAUCAUGAUAUAUGGAUGAAUUUCUCUUUAGAAUCUGUGUUAUACUGCUCGACUGUGAACAUUUGGAAGGAACGAUAAUUUUAUGAAUAUAUAGCAUCUGUAGUUGUUGGACGCUUGAAUAUCUCCCUAAGCUAUACUGCCUAGAUGUGAUAGCCAUUUUGAAAAUCUUUAGCCUAUUUUCUCUUUUUUUAGUAAAGAAGGCAGAAUAAUGUGGGUGCAAACGUGUACACUGGUGAAAGUAAAUGAUCAUAAUGACUCUCUAAUCACUGCCAUUUCUGCAGCAGCAGCAAAAUUCAUUCUCUUGAGUACCACAUUAGAGCGACUGUAUGACACGAUUACUGUGGAUUAAAGAUAAUUCGGGCUAUUCUAACUUCUUUCUUAGAUUGGUUUCCACAGUUUGAUUGAGGAUAAUGACAUCGAUAAGUUAAUAGAUUUUAAUAGGCUUCUGCUCGGAGGGCAGACUGUUCUGCAGGAGAAAGAGUGAGGUACAUAGUUAUUUAAAUGCUCGCUAGGUGAUGAGGGUCGGAUGUUCUAGGCCUCAAGCUCGCCUAUGUGAGGAACCAUUCAUGGGCAGUUUUGUGUUUAUUGAUAGACUCAAGCACUUAGCUAUUGGGAAAUGGCAUUCAUUCUCGAAUCCAUUGUUAUUCAUCAUCAAUGAAUUAUGCGAAUGUUGUGGCCACACAGAUAGUUGCGUGCUUGACUCUGUUCAUGAAUGUGUGGGACUAGGCUACAUUUGUCAAUGGCUGCACAUUUUUUUGGUCGCAAAGGCCACUUGUAAUUUUGAGUAGUCCAGUAGAAUGCUAAUAGUUUUAAAAUAUCAUCGGCCAUUGAUUUUUGCAAUCGUAUUAUUUUGCACAUACAGAUAUCUAACCUGCAAUGUCAAAAUUCUCAUUUAUUCCAUCAUUUUUAUCAAUUAGCGGUUAGUUGCCUACUGUUUAGCCGUCUUGGUUGAGUUAUGUAAUAGUCCACUGCAUUAGGUCCUUUUUCCUCCGUAAAAUCCUCUGUUAAGUUCAAGGAAGGCUCUUGUCAACAGUUGUAACGACUGCGAUUCGAGUACUUUCUUUUAUCUACGUGAAAUGAAAUGACCUGAGUUACUACCGUGUUAAACUUAGAAAUUAGAAAGAUUUGGCAUCAGGAUGGUCCCUGUCAAAGUGAAAGAAAGCAAGUAAUCAUUCAGACAAUGUUGGAGGCAGGCAAGCUAUACUGGGAGGGAACUGCUUUGGGUAAGUACAAAGAAAGACAUCAAGUACGGAAAAGGACACGAGUGAUGGUUGACCGAAGGUUACCUGUUUUCAAAAGUUGGUUUGGUCAAAUCAGAAGUGGCGAUAUUCGAUUGCAACUAUCCAAGUUAGUCUGAUUUCUGCUAUUUGUGGACAUCGGGGACGAUACUAAUUGAUUUAAGGCUUAUAGGUUUUAUUGCUUUUGAUUAAUAGUAAUUUACCCACAAACACCAGCGCGGUACCAAGGCUAAUUGAUGAUCCAGAUUUUAAAAAAAAUAUAUUUCUUGGAUUAAAUAGGAGUUCAAUUAUAUGGUGACUUAGCAGUGGUUAUUAGUUUCUAGCUCUAAUGAGGACUCAAGAACAUAUCUUGAAUGGCCUAAUGGCGCAAUAUAUCUUCUUAAAUCUUCUGGAUCAGACGCCCAUGAAUCCUAAAACUUUACAUUGCCCCGGAUGAGGGAUGUCAAACUGCAUUCUUUAAUAUUUGUUUAUAUUCUAAAUGUGGGUUCUGGGGGAUAGUUAAGUGGUUAUGUGCUAAAUAUUAUAACUUCUUUUACAUCCUCUGACUACCUUGAGAAGAGAUAACUCAGAAUUGAAAAUGUUGCGGAUGGGAAUAGAAUAUUGAGUGGGAAGAAAAUCUCCAAAGAUUCCAUUUUUUCGGUUUUAUAUGGGAAAAAUAUGUAAUGGUCAAUGCUUGAUAUUACUCUUCCUGAUGCGCAGUAGACCCAUGUAGAUUUUUUGUUUGAUCUCGUAGUUGAGAAGAACAUUAAGGAGGCUUAUGAUAGUGUGAAUCCUAAACGUCUCCAUGUCCAGAUAGUUUUUAACGGGGUUCUAUCCACGGUGUUGGAAUGUCUUGAAGACAAUUAUCUGGUUACUUCAGUCUAGGAGUGGGUACCGAAUUCAUUGUGUAAAAUCUUUCAGUUCUACUGAUGUUGUUUUCAUGCAUAAAAAACAUGGGACUGAGGAAGUCAAGGUCUAAAGUCCUGUAAUUCUAUUGAAUGGAGGCCGUAAGAAUACAUCUAUAAUUAUGAGAUUCCGGGAGAAAAGUAUGAUUGAUAAAUUAAUGCGUCCCAAAUUGUCUGCUUUUUCAGAGGCUCAAUUGAUUCUGGAAAGUUAUCUAAUAUCACAAUCUUGGCCACAGUAGUGAAGAACUCAUGUAAUUGAAACAAGGUUUCUUGAAAUACUAUGAUCGGUUUAGUGGGAAUAUCUUGUGCAGGAUUUUGAUUUUCAAUUAUCUAAGAGCUUGGCUGUCAUAAUCCAACCUUCGAUCCUGUCCCCAGUAUUCCUUCCUAAAUUUUAUGUCCAAUAUAUCAGGCCAAUCAAAUUUCAUCUUAGGCCAUUGACAUGCAAAAGUGAUGUUGUUUGGUUGUGCCUUGUUACAUAAAAUAGUGUGGGUUUUCAUCUCUUUAUCAUAGUCCAUCAUUGUAUUUCAAUAGACCCACCUGCAGCUGUAUAUAUUCAUUCGUUGAUGUGAUUAGUCAGACUAUUCAAUUUAACGGUGGAUCUGACUGCGGUUUUUGGGGCACCGAUUGGAAAUUUUGCAGGAGCAGGUUCCAUAUAUUAUAUCUUCCAUAUUUUUGAGCAGGUUGCUGCAGCCAGGUGUACAUCAAAGUACUGCUUUGCGUGCAACUAUCCUAGAUCACAGAAAACAUGUCACUGAACAUGAAUUUCUAUCUCUUAACGUUGCUGGUUUGAAAAAAGAAUUAUUUUCGAUUAUAGAAAGUGAGGUACAAAUUUUUCAUUUUAGUUUUAUCAGCUUAUGCUGAUUUGCGCGGUCUCAUUUCGUUUAUUUUAAUUGUGGGUGAGCAGGGAGCUAGCGCAAAUCCUAUUUCAAUGUUUUAUUACUGGAAAAACUUUUGUGCUCAAUUUGUUUACCAUUGGAAUGAAACCAACAGACCAUACAGUUUAUUUGUGGAUUCCUCAACUGGAUCAGUUGGUUUGAUAAGGAAAGCUUCUAUUUCGGUAUUUCGUAAUCUGGAGCACUUCGAGCUACUUAUCUAUGGUAGGCAUAUUUCUCCUUGUUCUUUUAAAAUUUAUGUGGCUUUCAAAUUUGAUAAGUUUGUUAUCUUUUAGUUGGUCGCUGUUUUGACACUUGAAACUAAUGGUGAAUUUUAGGUUCAUAUGGUGGAGUAUGUCAUUUCAGAGAUGCAGAUUGGAUUUCACCUAACAAUGAUUUGGAACGUGAUAUCACAUUUGAUGUGCUAAGAUGCAUGAGUAAUAUUAGUCAUCAACUUGGAAGAGCUUCUUCUGCUUCAAUGUUGAUGUCCCUCAUCAAUCCAGACAUUUUCUCAUUUGAGGAUAUAACUUCGCAUCUACUGAAGAUUUUAGAAACUGGCUACUCAUCGCCCAUUACCAGUGCUCUCAUCUCACAUGAUGGAGUCGAUGCUGCGCGUGAGAAACAGCAAGAAGAACACAGAAGCCAUAGGAAAUUUUCUAUUGACAUGGUUCUGUCUCUUCAUGAAAUAUAUACAAAAGCUUCUACAUGGGGCACAGUUUUAGAUAUUGUUGAAAAGUAUAUGAACGACCUUAUUCCAAAAAGCCUCCAAAAUACUGACAUGAAAGCAUGCUUUAAUGUCAAUUCGUCCCUAUUGAUUCAGGCUACUUCUCAAAUGGCAAAAAUGAUGCUUGAAUCUUCAUUCGACAUGCGUCUGUUUCUAGGAUAUCUGGUUAAUAUUGGUGUGCAGGUAUCUGCCUCAUAAUUUCCUGUGCCAAAAUCGUAGUGCUCAAAAUUUCGUUUAUACUUUUUUUCUGGUCUUGUUAACUUUUAAUUUUCCCUGGUCAUGCAGCAUUUCCAGAAGUUUUGCCUUAAUUCCUAUUAAUUGACAGCUUUUCUAGCUAUGUCACGGUGUCGAUAGAUUGGAAAUUAUUUUGCAUACAUGUGUUGUAAAUUUCAUCUGCCAUCCAUUCAAUUCAAGAGCUGCUCUUAAUAGAAUUGUCUCCCUAUAUUUUUGCUAAGAUGGAUUCAGAUUUCAGGUUUGUAUGGUGAAACUGGAUGCCGCUUCAAUAUUAUUACCCACACUCUUUGAAACAGCAGAUAAUCUAUUGUGAAAUGUUCUUUGAGCCGCUUCAACUUUAGCAUCAUUUCAGAAUAUCAUUUAGUGAAGAUGUAUAACAUCAGUGCCCUUCUUUGGACACCUAUCUGUGUAUUAGACAAACUUGCUUGAUUCCUUGCGCUCUCUCUUAGAAAUUGACCGGGUGUUAGUUCUUCUUGUGCAAACUGAUACUCAUUUACCUAAGGUCAAUCACCUGAAUUCUACCUACUGUUGGUUGCCUCGUUAUCUAAGCUUUCAACUUCAUCAAACGCAUAGAAUAAAAGAGAAGUUAUUGCUGAAUUACACCUGCACACAUGGGCCUUUGGUAUUAAUUUUGCCGAAUUGCGGAUAGCAGAAUUGCGAUGAGGGAAAGGUGACGACUAAAGGGUGCAGACAGUAAUGAGCAAGAAAGUGGUGACUGGCAAGCUGAUGAAGAUAGGGCAGUGGAGGAAAGAAAAAUGCGUCCCUGCGGUGAAGGUGCUGGUGAUAGAUUCUAACAAAUGUUGGUGAUGUCGGGCUUCUGUAAAUCGUCUCAUUCCACAUGCCGGAUGUACUUGGAUAUUAACCAAAUAGUUCACAUCAGAAUCAAGUCGAUUUACAAUUAUCUGGUCUCAUUAUCUAUUUCCCUUUCAAUUUUUUGAUGAUUUGCAUAAAAAAUGAUGAUGACCUUGCGUGCUGUUUUGAUUGUUGCCCCAGUGCUCAACUGCACCACCCUUCUCAAUUAGUUGUUUUUUUAUGACCUUCUGUUGAUAAAUUUACUUUCGCAUGACGAUGACAGAGGAUUAGUUUCCCAUUCAUCAGUUUCUUUUUUUUUUUGUAGGCCAAUUUGAUGCAAAAUGAUAUUGCUAGGAUAAGGCAAAAGCUUAUUCCAUUGGUUGAGGAUAUAAUCAUUAGUUGGCUAACAAUAUACUUUGUGACAACUACACCAACUGAAUCGCCAUCUGUUGAGGAUUUUAGCUCUCGUCUUUCAUCAUUGCACAUAGGUAACUUCCUCUUUGUAUUUUUUUUCUUACAUCUUUCAUAGCCUUGUUCUCAAGACUCAUUUACAUUUUGGAUGAUGAUUGCAGCGCCAUUCACACAAUCCACGUCUGAUAUCGGAGUUAUUUGGAUAAUACUGUGUUACUGCACUUUUUACUACAAAUUGUGCAUGAAUCUUGAAUCUCCCCCCAUGAGAUUCCAUAAUUUUGUAUGCAUUUUUUCAAAUGUGUGGGAGCCAACUUGUGUUGUCCUAUAUGAAUGCUAUCCCCUGAUUGAGUGCUCCUAUUAGUGGGAAAACUAAAUAUGGAAUUUUCCCAUACCUGCUGAAACACUGUUUUUUCCCUAUUUUGAAUAUAUUACUAAUGAACUCUGUGUCUAACCUAUUUAUGGCUUUGAACGACAAUUUAAUGUUGCCAUAUUCCCCAUUUUAUGUUUUGGCUCUUUUUUUUCUUCCAGGCAGUAAAAAGGAAAUUAGAUCGUUGGAUGGAAAGCUCGGUACCCCUGAUAUUACAUUGGCCUCUUUGCUUGAUUUUCCUACUUCAUUGGAAGACCAAGGGUUCCUCCUUUCAAAGUGUUUUCCUCAGCCAGGACAAUUUUUUAAUCCAGUUACAGUUUUUGCCAGUCGGAUUAUAUGGGGCAAGACAGUAGGAUCAUACACCUUGAGCUCGGCGAUUGUAUUAGCAUCCACUUUACUUAUUCAUGAUCAAUACGAAGCUGCCGAGGUGUUCCUAGUUACACAUUUAUGUCUUCUUCGUUGGAUUUGUUUUUUGUUGGAAAGUUUAUGACCUGAUUUAGUUAAUGUUUGUCUCAAGAUCCUUCUUGGUGUUGCCGAUGCUCAUUCGAAGAUGAAGAAAGAAUCGCAGAGCAUUCAGUCUACCAAUGAUGAAUGGUGUGCAUGUCUUCAUCUCCUUGGUUUCUGCCUUCUUGUGCGAGCACACACUGGGUCAUAUGGGUUGAUGAAAGAAGAGAAAAUUCGAGAAGCUUCCCGCUGUUUCUUCAGGUGAGCCUUUCAUCUGUGCUUUUCAAAUGUUUUACACCCUCUUUUUGUUUUUUAUAAUAUCCAGGAGUUCAAACUGCUGUAUCCAACAUACUCAACAUUUCUACGAAUUACACGUAAACAUUCCAGUUGCCAGAGCCUACAUAUGUUGCCUAUCUGCGAAUUGCACGUAUCCUAUGUUGCCUACAUACGUAUCCUAUCUGCGAAGAAUAUUCAUUUUUCGCUUUUAUCCAUAAAAUUUCACCAUCGGUCAUUAUCUGCAUCAGAACUUUCGGAACUGCUCUUGGAGAGUUUCUUUGGCGAAAUACGUGAUCAGCCAUAGCAAUGUUCACUCAUCUAGAAGUUGUAAUUUUUUACAUCAUAAUUGGGCACAGCCAACUUCUCGUUGCCUUUGAUUGCCGCUAGUCAUUUAGUCCUUGUCACAUUCGUUCCAGAUAGUCAUUGACCCCAACAAUAUCCACGUUGCCAUUGGUCUACACAUCAUUAAUCAAUGUUCGCUGUACUAGCUUGAUAGUCUCUUAAUUGGUCAUUUAAAAUCUGAUGUGAUUAUUUAUGGGAUGUUGGGUGUAUCUCUCUUUAAUCUUCACAUCUCAGAGAUAUUUCAUUAUAAAUGGUUUUUAUAUUACGUAUCAGAGAAUACUCAGUGAAGAUAGUUCAAAGCAUUCAGAAUGAUGAAUUCACAUAAGAAUCACAUAUUAGAGGAUUCCCUUACGUCAGGGUGUUUUACUUUUUCAGUAGAAUUAUUGAGUGACAAUGAAUAGGAAGUGCAGUCACCCUACACCAGAUUCCUCUAUCCACUGCUGCUUAUUAUGAUAAAAAAAGUCACAGCUAGCAUUUUAAUGAUCCUUGUCUUGAUGCUAUUUCCCUAAUAAUCUAAUGCAUUGACCCACAUCACAUUAAAAGUUUGGAAUGCUCUCAACGAUACCUCUUCCUAAACACUGCAGGUUGUUGAUCGUCCUCAAAGUUUACUACAUACAUAAAAGUUAUGUAACAUAUGUAGCCCGAUCCUCUCUUCAAAUCUUUAUCAAUUUGCUGUUCCCUCCACCAUUUCAGGAAAGAAACAACAAAGGCAUUUUUUCUACUCUUAAGAUAGAAGGGCCAAUUUCCUUGAUAAUCUUUGGUGAAGGCAUCAUUAUCUGUCUAUUCUUGAGUAUCCCUCCUGUGGUUGGUAUCCUUCGAUAAAUCAAUUUUUCUAUGUCAUACUAUCCUGCAAUCGAUGCUGAACAAGGAUAUACUCAACAAGAAUGCAUCUAUGAUAAGUAACUGGACCAAUAACGAAAGAAUAAAGAGUUGAACAUGCAAACCAUAUAUACGGAUUGUAAUCUAAUCUUUCCUCCCGUCAUAACUAUUGUUCUAAGUGAUCUUGACAUUACGAUAUCGUUUUAGUUGCGAAACGGAUGAGCUUCAUUAUAUAAAAAAAUUCGUGACAGGGUUGCAUCAGGAGGAGCAUCACUUGCAUUGGCAAAUCUUUCAUUCCAAACCGGUUUGUCACACACUGGUAUGGUGAGUUAUUGUAAAUGGUAAACUUAGUAAGUACUGGCUUCUAUUUUAAUGCACUCGUCCUUACAGGUGAUACUGAGCCAACGACUGUGUGGAAAUUUCAUUACUAUCAAUGGGCGAUGCAAAUCUUUGAGCAAUAUAAUAUGAGUGAAGGUGCUUGUCAAUUUGCUCUGGCUGCUCUUGAGCAAGUGGAUGAAGUUGUUAGUUUGACUGAUGGCAACCAUGAUGACGAUUUUCUCCCUGAAUCUGUGACUACUAUUAGAGGGCGACUAUGGUCAAAUGUCUUCAAAUUUAUGCUAGACCUCAACUUUUAUAGAGAUGCAUACUGUGCUAUAAUUUCAAAUCCAGAUGAUGAUAGCAAGUACAUCUGUCUGAGACGUUUCAUAAUUGUUCUUUGUGAGCGUGGUGCAAUCAAGGUUUUCCUACUCAUAAAUUGUCAUUUUGAUGUUCUCCCUAUUUUCCCUUGCUACUUUGUUGGUAGAUGUUUCAGCAUGUCAUUUUAGACUAAUAUUGCAGAAAUUAAUAUGAUUAUCCUGGCUCUUUGUGGGAAGCAUUGAAUGUCCCUUAAAAAGUUCAGCUUUUUUCCUGUAUUGAUGUAAUCCCAUCGAUGACAGCCCAGUCUUUUCUUUUGGUUUAUUGUUUUACUUACUAUGUUAUUCUUUGCACAUUGAUCACCUGUGAUACAUAAGUGGAGGAGAAAGGGAGUGGUGGGAUUCAUGGAACAGCUCCUAAACGAUCCAUUUUGUUUCUUGCCAUGCUUCUGUCCUUUUCACUUUCUUGGGUCUUGGCUAUACACUAUAGAGCAUGCUGAACCGUGAGUUACAAGAGGAAGAUGCUGUGAGGGAGGAAUGAGUGUUUCCAUCCUUGGAGAAUAAUUGGUUUCCUUUGUGCUGGACCGUAGGAAGCACUUGAAGAAUGUUCAUGUGAACAAAAGUUGUCUUUACUAGAACAUAUAACCUAUAGCAAUCCUAUUCGCAGUGUAGUCUCUGUUCCUGUACUACAAAUUUUUGAGUGACGAAGGUGCAGAAUGCAUGCGAACUCUAAUUCAGUUGAUUUCUUGGGUCAAUGAACUGGAGAGUACAACACUCAUUGUAGGAGAGAAUCACAAUACAGAUGAUUGUUGGGAUGCAUGCUUAGAAGGAACACAAGUAUGCAGAGUCAUGAAGAAAGGGAAGGGAAAUUUACCAGUUACAGAAACUUUUGGUACAGUUACACGGCUUAUCCAGUAUUUUUUCAGUAGAAGGUAAAUGCUCCAAUGUUUUUGGUAGAAGAACAGGCGAAACCCUCUGGCCAUUACCUGCUGCCACUCUCACCGCCACUUCUCACCAGUUGAUGUGGCAUGACCGGGCCCCUGUAGUUUUCCUAUAAAACGAUCUUUGGUCUAUCUUAAUCUAAUAUUUGUAGAUCCUGCAUGACAUACCAACGAGUUCUUCUUGAUCUUGUGAUGCUCCAAGUUUUGAUAUUGAUAUUCCAUCUUAUUUGGUAGAUAAGGCGUGAUUACUUGAACAUAUUGGUGUGAGAAUAAAAGUUUUUGAAGUUUCUUAAACUUGCUCCUCAUGGUCUCAACCAUUUAUUUGAAAACUGAUACAGUCCCCCUCGAUACAUGUUCGUUGUAAGCGAACAGUCUAGAAGCUUCUAUAGUAAACAUUAGGGAAGGAGUGGGCUGAGUGGUAUAAAUACCCUUCCCUAUCUGUUCAUUGUUUUCUUGAACAAAAAUCUACCACUUAAUAUGCGGUGUUAUUAUUAAAUUCAUCAUGCGUUCAAGGAAGAAAAAUCAUUAACCAUGGCAACUCUAAUGCCAGGGAUGUUUUUUCUUUAGAGAAUAGGACGCCAAUAUCAUUAUUUUAAUAUGAACUAAAAGAUAUAAACCUGUGCGCAAUCGGCUGCCAAUAAAGAAGAUAAGCUCUCUUGUACAACAUCAAGGGAAAUACAUCAGGAGAGUGUAUGUUUUUUAUAUAUGCUGCGUUCUAAGAAUAUGAAUGAUAUUUUUCCUGAAGAUCUUUAGGCCGCAUUUUGUCAAAAAUGUCAUGAGAGUCAUGCCUUAGGUAGUUUUCUCGAACGCCUUUCAAUUAAUAUAAUUGCUGAAGAUAGUCAUGCAUGAAAUUCAAUUUUUAUUUUGAUUUUAUGUUAUAUGUUUCAACCACUGACAUCUUUUGCUUUGAAUAAGAUGUCUAUUGCUUCUGCUCCCUGUUUCCCCCAAGCAAAUUUACUCUCGAUUCCUCAGUAUACUACUUGAUCGAGUCCUUGUAUUUACCGUAGGUCCUGUGCGAUGGUGACCUUCCGUUCGUUGGCUUGUUAGAGAAAGUAGAGCAGGAGCUAUUCUGGAAGGUAAAUAAAAGUAUUUUUUUCUUGAGAAAUUACUUCCUGUAUAGUCUAUCUAUCGUUAGAUAUGUUAACUAGUUAUACUUCUACAAUCUGAACAUAAUAGGCUGAGCGAACUGAUGUAACUGCGAGUCCAAAUCUCUACAAGCUACUUUAUUCUUUUGAAUCACAUCGUAGCAACUGGCGAAGGGCAGCAAGUUAUAUGUACAGGUAUACAGUACGCUUGAGAACAGAAACAAACGUUAAGGAACAACAGCAGCCCUCUUCAGCAUUUGAAGAGAGAAUAUGGGGACUUUCUGCGGCUAUCAGUGCUCUGAAACUUGUGAAUCCAGCAUUUGCAUGGAUAGAUUCUCAGCAUGGUGAUUACUACUUUUCUGAUCAAUAUUCACCAAACAAAAGAGCACGUAAAGUGCUUGUGGACAGAAGUACGUCUUCAACUUUCAUUGAUCAACUCUCUUCUGUGUAUUAUUGUAUAUACAAUUUAAACGGAUUCUACAGAAUUCCUUGGGAGAUUCCUCUUUUUCUAUCAACACCAAUCUCUUUCCUGUAGGGUUUGGUAGCAACCCAUAAAUUUUCUUAUAGAGUUACGUUUGAAAAUUAUUUUUCAAUAAAAAUUUCCUUUUUGCUUGUGAGUACCUAGGAAGAUUCCUCAUAUCUCUAUUUUUGCAGCCUCUGUUGCUGGUGAAAAUCCAUCGUGGACUGCAAACGAUUACGUAGAUAUUGCCAAUCUUGAAAAAGAGUAUGUUCUUGCCUCAGCACAGUAUUUACUUGCCCAAGGAAAAGACACAUCUACAUUUGCUGGUAUGAUCGCAUGUUGAUACUUAAUAGGCUUGAGUUAUGUACAUUUUAGCAAUGGUGAACCCUAUGUUUUAUUAAGUUUUUUUUCGUCUUUUCGUGCAGGAAGUGUAAUGCAUCUAGAAAAAAUGGUUGACACUCUGGUUCAGUCAAACUUUUAUGAUAUGGCCUUUACAGUUCUCUUUAAAUUCUGUCAGGGUUCUGCAUUAAAAAGGCAUGUUUCAAGAUUUUGAAAACUUCACCCGUUAUUGUCCCCUGAAAAUGUAUUGAUUUUAGCAUACGAAAUGGUGAUUUCUGCAGAGAACUGGAGAGGGUAUUUGUUGCUAUGUCAGAGAAAUGUUGUGAGAACAGAGCAGGCUCCGCACUUCCUGGGUAGUUUAAACUUUCUUUGUUCUUUCCUCGCGAAUGUUCUUCUCUGCAAAUUAAGUUUCUCUUGGGAGAGAACUCAUUGACCAUUUACUCUGUCUUCUUUUGUUAGUUCUGACACAAUGCACGGUCUUCUGUUAACAUCUACCAAAGACGCAACGUAUAGCAAUGGAAAACCAGAUGGUCCUGUGAUUUAUCAGCCCAGGGCGAACGUGCAAUGGGAAACACUUGAACUUUAUCUCGUAAGAAGACAUAUUAGUUUUUAUUUUUAUCUUGUGACCAGUUGCUUUAGUAACAUCGCUUUCUCACUUCGGCAGCUACUCCAGUUUGUAGCUCAGUUUGUCGUGACAAAUAGUUUCUUCAAUACUGUCAAAGGUUCCCUUCUCGUAAGUCGCUGACAUGGUUCAGGAACUACAGUAGGAGUUGGCAGUAUUAAAGCAGCUCGUAGCUCUCAAGUUCUGCCCUGUAGAUGUGUGGAAUGAGAUUUGCCCUUUUCUGUACUACUACCUAGGAUUCGAACCUUGGAGGAACCAGUUACAGUAUACUGACAAAGCAAUCCACUAAAAAGUCAAUCCCUUGUAUGUAUUUUGUGUCAAGUCAGAGGGGUUCAAUCUUUUUAGUGAAAUUUACUCAGCAGUGGGACUCGUAGCCUUGGAAGAAAACCAAUUCAGAUCUGAUUUAAGCCAGCCCAGCAUGUCCUAAUUAGGAACCUUGGGCUUUAUAAGUACUUGAUUUUUUGUGCUGGGUAAUUUUAUUGGGCUGGUUUCUAUCAAACCGAAUCUCCCCACGUUUUGUUGGAACAUCUGUCAACCCUUCUCUUUCUAGAGAGAGAAAAGAGAUCUGGAAAUCUGCCUUUCAGACAGAUCGUGUUUGACAGAUUGCGAAAUCUGGUUCCAUGUAAUGAAUUUAAUGGAAACAACCCUUUCUUAUGAUUAUACCUCCUCAGCCUCCACCCCCCACCGGACAGUACGAGUCAGAACAUUUGUAUGAACAAUUUAUUUUUUUUGCAUCUGAUUCUAUGCUCCCAUUUACUUUGCUGUUAUUAACAAUGCCCAUGAAAUUAUGCUGUGCAUACUCACCUUUAGCUAUCUCUGCACACGCCCUCAGGAGAAAUACCAGAAGCUUCAUCCAAGAUUACCUGUGACUGUUGCUGAGACGCUGUUGCACACCGACCCACAAAUUGAAUUGCCCCUUUGGCUCGUUCGCAUGUUCAAGGUGAGUUCUCUUUCCAUUCACAUGGGAGAUGUAGAGUUGUGUACGACUUCAAUAGCGCAGGGCGAGUUGUGAAAUCAUUGUAAAAUCCACAUCCCCCCUUCUUUCUCUCUCUGUCUCUCUCUCUCUCUCUCUCGCUCUCGCUCUCGCUUGCUCGCUCUCUCUUAUUUUGCCUUCAAAUGUGAAUAGAUGAAAGUAAAAAAUAGUGUGCUGCAUGUAGAGAGAGAGAGGGAUUAAAAAUACCUUAGAAUGGUAAAAAAGGGGUCCAGAGUGCUUAUUUCAUGUAAGGAGAUAGGCCCUUUAUAUCUUGAAUAAAUUUCUUAGGGGGGUAAGUAGGGGUAAGUAAAGUCACAAAUUAUGUAGAGUUUUGCUGCUUAAAAAGGAAAUCGCUUGCUUAAAACAGGGCAAGCUCUAAACCCCCUUUUAUCUCCAGCCUUUCCCCUACAUAGUGCACCUGAAUGCCUUAGAUGGGUAGUCACUAAUGGACACGGGGAGGGUGAGACUGCUGCUGGGGAGUAGAGGGAUGCCAGAAGGAGAAAGGUCUGCUCCUGGCCCUGGUAGAAAGAAUCAUACCGAACCAUGCCAUGCUCUAUUUUUUGCCUUGUGGAAUGAUCUGUUUUGCUUCUUAUUAUGUUUGGCUGGAUCUGAAGCCCAUCUGAAAAAUGCGACAGGGUGGAAGAAGAACAUGGGGUAUGACUGGCCAAGAAGCAGACCCUGCAGCCUUACUCCGGCUGUACAUCGACUAUAGCCGCUAUUCAGAAGCAACAACAUUGCUGCUUGAAUAUCUCGAGGCAUUUAAUUCCAUGGUACAACCCUCAAUCUGCUCCCACUCCCUUCCCUUCCUUCCCAUCCCCUGCCGCAUGCUCAAUGAUCUCUCUCUCUCUCUCUAUCUCUAUCUAUCAAUCAUAUGCACAGAGACCGACGGAAAUUGUGAAGAGGAAGAGGACGUCCGCAAUUUGUUUCCCAUACACAGCAAUCGAGCGCCUCUGGUGUCAACUUGAGGAGGCCCAGAACUCAGGCCGCCUGGUCGACGAAUCCCACAAACUCAAGGGCCUACUGAAAGCAGCCCUGUUGGACCACCUCAAGCAGGUACAUACAUCCUUCACUUGACUGAUAAGAAUCCCCCCCACCUCGGGUUGAGGAGGAGGAGGAGGAGGAGAGCUUCUGAUGGUUGGUUCCUUCGGGUUUGCAGGUGAAGGUGGACUCAGAGGAUGCAUUGGCCUCUGGACUCGUGUAG